UGAAACUUCAAAACAAUUGAAAAGCAUUUGAUUUAUGAAUUAAUUUUUAAUAUAAUUUAAUAUAAUCUCUGGACAUGUCUUUGACACCUAAAGAUCUGACAUCACUGUUGAGUGUGUUGAGUGAAGACGUGACAAAUCACUCGACUUUCGAGACAAUCGGACAGACAUUUCAGUCUUUGUUAUCCAAAUGUGAUGUCUUCAGCAUUGGUCUGUCGAUCACAACAUUACUCCAACACCACGACCUGAUCCCCGAAGACACUCAGAAGUUGAGCGCUUUGUUCCUAUUAUACGAACUCUAUAGGGAUGAACAC